AUGCCCAACAUCGUCGACCCCGAUUCUCCUACAGGAGACAACACCGUCAUUGAACACAUAAUCGAUGGAGAGGAAAAUGCCGAAGGAACUCGACUGGUAACGGCGGGCAUUGUUGAAUCCACGAUUUCCUACGACUCCGUUUCAGGGGAAUCUACCCCAAGCUCGCUGAGCGAAGAAUUUCUUUUCCCUACCGACAUACUUGGUGAUCCCGAGCCUUUGGCUGCUUCCGACUCCAUCAACACAUCUUCACUUCAAACAACCGUGAUACAGUUCAGACCCAGAGGGAAGCUCGAUAAGAAAAGUGUUACUCAGCCAAAGAAGCCAAAAAAGAAAGACUCUCAAGGCGCGGGGAAACCAAAUCCACCUGAGCCAGUUAUUAGUUUGCCGAACCCAGCCAGCCUACCAAGCCCCUCUGAUUUACCAAAUAUUCCUGAUCCACCGAGUCUUCUCGGUCUACCAAAUCCUCCCGAACUACCAAAUCUCCCUGACCCACAGCCUCGUGAGCCAACAUCUACUGACCUAAAGAGGGAAGAAGGCAGAUAG